AUGGCUCUUUCCGAUUCUCACCAGAAACAGCCCGACCGCUCCACGGGCAUCACUCAUCCACCACCUAUCUACCCCUCCUCCCCCACAGUCAUAACAUGGGCCAAGGUCGCUCAACCCGAGAGGGUUUCCUUGGUUCACGCUCAUCGGGUCUCACCCUCCUCGGACCAGCCAGCGACCACUUACUACUCUCGUAUUUGGCGUAUUGGUCGCAGUAAAGGCAGCGUUCUCUUCGAUGUUAGUCCUGUUCCUGGCACCACUGCCGAUGUGGUUGCCACUCUCAUGACCGAAUUCCCUGAUAACUAUGGUAUCCUUAUCCACCGUGAAGGCAAACGGGUCAUCUUCGAAUUCAACCUGAAACAUGACUCGGAACGUCAACGUGUAAUUGAAGAAGGUGUUUCUUUCACCAACGACAUCACUAUCCGCGCCACUCCUGCCUUGGACAAGACCUCGUAG